AAUCGGGAUGCUGAAAAGUUGCUCUGUAAAUUUUUUUAAAAACGGGACGAAUAAAAUAUUGUUUCGAGCAGCCUCAAAAGAUGUCGUUAAAUCAGCGGAAAGUCACAUGAAGGCUCAAACAGCCUCCCAGACACUUCCAGGGGCAUAUACGCUUGGGAAUGACCUGAGGGUAGCCUGUUUCACGAAUGAUUCAGAAAUCAGUUCGACGGCCAUUCACGUUGAGGCUGGAACUAGAAAUGAGACAUCUGAAACUAACGGAGUUUCCAACCUUAUUGCGAGACUGGCGGGAAAAGGCACCUCUUCAUCCAAAUUCGAAGACAUGCAAAUGAAACUGUCAAAAUUGGGGGCCUCGCUGGAUGUGAAUGUGACCCGUGAGACCACUUCUUUUGUGGUAACAGGUUUUAGCAAAGAUGCUCUACAGCAUGCAGAAAUUGUUAGCGAUGUCGUGAAGAACUCAGUAUUCGAUGAAAAUGCCAUUAUGAAGGAACGAGACGCCAUCUUGACGGAUAUUGAACGAAAUCUGGAUAAUUUACCCCAGAUCACAAUGGAUUAUCUUUAUUCGGUUGCGUUUGAGGGCACUCCAAUGAGCAAUCCUCUCACCGGAUCGACUAGUAACGUCGAGUCUUUGGCGAGAAAAGACAUCAUGCAAUUUAUCAAGCACAACUACAAAGCCCCGAGGAUGAUUCUUACUACUGUAGGAGGACAAGUUGACCUUGAUAAGUUGGCUGACGCGGCUGAAAAGAAUCUUGGAGAUGUCUCAGCUGAUUUCGAGCAUGCUACCGGAUACCCACAGCCAUGCAGAUUCACUGCAAUGGAGGUUCAGCAUAGAGAUGACGAUCUGCCUUUAGCUCACGUCGCUAUGGGAUUCAACGGGUGCUCAUACAACAGUCCCGACCGAAUUCCCCUGAUGCUUCUGGCUGAAAUAAUGGGCGCCCACGAUAAAUCUCACGGUGGUCUUGCGCAAGGUCUGAACAAAAUGGGUGCUGUCACUCAGAACCCAGAAACUGGACUGUAUUCGAUCAGACCCUUCGCCCAUUUCUACAGCGACUGUGGGCUGUUUGGAACCCAUUACGUUGCGGACGCUGAUAACCUCUAUGACACCGGACUGUAUAUUUGUCAUUUCCUGAGAGAUCAGUGUCUGAACAUGAUUGACAGCAGCCUUGCCAGGGCUAAAAGAUCCCUUAAAAGGAAACUGAUUGAAGAUAUGUAUAGUUUACCUGCUCUACAAGGCAAGAUGGCUCAGGAUAUCUUUUUUGGACCAGGAAGGCCAGUCAGCUUGGAGGAGACGGUUUCAGAGCUGGAGUCGCUGUCGGUGGAUCAAGUUCAAGACGUUGGUGUGGAAUAUAUUAGAGACCAAGAGUUUGCGAGAGCAGCUUACGGACCCACUGAAGGAGUAUUUGACUAUAACCAGAGCAUGGAUGCACUAAGAGGACUGAGAUGGUAACCAAAAUAUAACUAGAAUGAAUUAAUUUGAGAUAUUGAGACUCUACAUGUGACUUUUCUAAUGUCGAGUAAUUAAACCAGCAAAAAGUAUAUUAACAUGGAACAUUUUCAAUGUUAAAAUUAACACUACACACUG